AAAUAAUUUCUGUAAAUAGUCUUGGUUUUCUAUAGAUUAAAAUGAUUUUGUUUAGAAAAAGGAUUUUUUUAACACAAUUUCCAGUUUAUUCACUUAAUUCAUCCGUUUCUGGUAAAUUUGUAUUUGAAAAAUGUGUAAGAAAUUUACACGAAUUAAUUGAUGAUAUUGGUUUUAAAGUUAAUAAUAAAUUUUUAAAGUAUAAUAAAAAGGUUCUUCGAGAUAAUCUGAAAUGCUUGAAUCAAAGUAAUAGUUCAAGUCCUGUCACUUCUGAAUUUAGUGAAUUAUUCUCUAAACUAGAAAGUUUUAAGUUUGUGGAAAAAUUAAAUGACAAUUGUGAUCUUAAAACAUUGUCAUGUUUUUUGAGUUACAAACUUAAUAUUAUACGGUCAUUAACUCCUUAUAUACACACACUUAACACAUUACAACAAGAUGAUUCAGUUUUAAGAUUAAAAUAUGAAAUCAUAAAUAAUGAUCUGGUACAAUGUUUGUUCCGGUUAGUUGUAACAAAUUUGGAUAGUUUGGACACUGAAAUAUUGAUAAAUUAUUUAAAUUUUUUGCUUGAAAUUGGUGUUGAAGAUGUCAAUCCUUUGAUACUUAAAUUACACGCCUGUACACUGAAUGCUUUAGAUAGGGGAAACUAUUCUGAGGAUGAAAGACUGAUCAUAAAGCUCAAAUUGACUUCAAAUUUAGUUUGUAAGGUUGGUUUGGUUGAUAAAGUUGAUGGAACUUAUCUAAACCAUUUGAUAAAUGAGUUGUUAUUUGAUAGUUUGUCCACUUCUACAGUGUUCUAUAAAUGUUUUAAUGAAAUAUUACACCUAACACAUGGUAUAGAGUUUGUGAAUAAUGAUUAUAUAUAUAAUUUUAUUAAUAAGGUUAGUAAUUAUGUUUAUAUACUUGAUAAUAAUGAGUUGUUAACACUACUCUAUGUUCUAUUGAAGAUGAAUUGGGUUGAAAAUAAGUUGUUUAACCGUAUGGUACUUUCCGUGGUGUAUAAGUUUGGAUCCUUUAAUAAUGAACAGUUGGAAACAUUAAUUACAAUUUUAAGCUCUUAUAAACAAUAUUUCAAGUUAAAUUGUACAGAUUUAGGUGAGAAUUUAUACGCUGAAUGUGGUAAUAUGUUAUUAAAUAUGGUAAAAAGGUGUUUUGAGGAGAAAUUUGUAAAUUUAAACAUGAAUUCGGCAUUACCAACUUUGACUUAUUUGUUACAGUUAACAAAUAGUAAUAAGAUAAAAAUGUUGAUGUUAAAAAAAUUGGAUAAAAACAGUGUGAAUCAGUUGGACUUUCCACAAUUUCAUCAUUUGCUGAUUGUGUUUAAGAGGUUAAAUUUGGUUAAAAAUAGAGAAAUUGUAGCACAAUUGGUUGAAAACUACUUUAAUGAUCGAGUUUUACCCCUUUUUAAUACAGUUGAUGGUAAAUUACCGAAAAUUGAUGAGGAUGUUAAGAAUAUAUUAAUGUCAUUGUCAGAUUUCAUUAAAAUCAAACAUUACUCUAAAUAUAUCAAUUCAAUUAUAAUGAACUACUUCAAAAAUAUCGAGGAUUGUGAAAUGAGUGAAAUUGGCAAUGAGGCUAUAUUUUUGAUAAAUUUGUGUAUUAAGAAUAAGGUUUACAAAUUCAACAAUUUGACAACUGAAUUGGUGUCAAAAUUCUUUAAUAAAUCUGUAAAUUUCAUGAACUUAUCAACUAACUCUAGUGUGUUGUAUGGGUAUGAUGUAAUAUUGGAUGGAAUUGAGCACUGUAAUUUAACUUAUGAAUGUGUAAGUGAUAUGAGUAAUUUGUUUGACGCAAUUUACAAAUUUUUGAGGGGAAAAACAAAAUAA